UGACGUGGAUGCCAAAGACAAAUGGGGAAGAACGGCAAUGCACCUAGCCAUUCAGGAGAGACGUGAAGAUAUCGUACAAAUCCUCGUGGAUCAGGGUGCCGAUGUCAACUUAAAAACUGGAAUGGGCGAGACGCCGCUCCAUUUUGCUGUGCGAGCAGGAUUAGUAGAAAUUUGCAGGUUGCUACUCGAAAGAGGAGUUGACGUGGAUGCCAAAGACGAAUGGGGAAGAACGGCAAUGCACCUAGCCAUUGAGGAGAGACACAAAGAUAUCUUACAAAUCCUCGUUGAUCAUGGUGUCGAUGGUAACUUGGAA